AUGAGUCUGAGAGAGUUGGCUAGUGAGGUGAACAUAUCUUUUAAGUCCGUCCACAACAUUCUCAUUGACAUUUUAGGCAUGAAACGCGUCGCCGCUCGACUAGUUCCAAAAGAGCUCAAUUUUGUUCAAAGAGCGCAGCGAAAGCAUGUCGCUGAAGACAUGGUUUCCCGAGCUUCUACGGAUCCGACCUUUAUGAAACGUAUAAUAACUGGCGACGAGACAUGGGUUUAUGAGUACGACAUGCAAACAAGCCAACAGUCUUCAGAAUGGCGUCCCGAAAACGAGCCGAAACCCAAAAAACCGCGGCAAAGUCGCUCCAAAAUCAAGGUGAUGCUGACAGUUUUUUUUGACUACCGUGGUGUGGUUCACUCCGAAUUCCUUCCAAAGGGAGAAACAGUGAAUAAAGAAUAUUAUUUAGGCGUCAUGAAGCGUUUGCGUGAGAGUAUCCGCCGAAAACGUCCAGAUUUGUGGCAACACAACUCAUGGAUGCUGCACCAUGAUAAUGCACCAUCACACACAGCCAUUAUAGUGAAAGAGUUUUUAGCAAAAAAUUAA